GACAAAUUAUCUAAGCAGAAGAGUGCAAUAUCAUUGUCAAAUCUUCUCAACUUUGAUGCCGUAGACAUCAUUUGUGUGUUUAUCGACGCUUUUCUAGGACAACAUAACAUUUCACACCUACCAUACACUGGCUCCUGCAAUUACCCUUCGAGAUUGUGACUCAUCACUCUCAUCACUCUCAUCAUGACAUCUUCCUACCCUCCCGAGAUUUCGGCAAAAGAAUCAGAACAACUUCUCGUAACCAUCAAGGAUUGGUCCAUAGCUCAUGGGUUGGCUGUGAGACCUCCGCCGGCUUUUUUGUCUGCAGAAGCAGAUCCUCAUGGUGUCUUAGCGACUACUGCUCCAGUCACUCUCUUUCCAAGUCCCUUUCCUCGGAUAUGCUUUGAGCAAGCCAAAUCAGUCCAGAAAGCUUAUAAUCUCUUAUACGCAUCGAUUUCUCAAGAUGAGGCCUUUCUCGAAGAUAUCGUUCAAGAAAUCCUCGAAGUAGACGAUUUCAUUGCUGAACUUUGGCGGGUUCAUCUGAAGGUUAAGAGUGAAGGUUAUGUUCAGAACCUUUCUUUGGGUCUUUUCCGAUCCGACUACAUGGUUCAUCAAGAAACAUCGGACGCAACGCCUACGAUCAAGCAGGUCGAAUUCAAUACUAUUGCUUCUUCAUUUGGGGGAUUGUCUUCUCAAACUUCACAAUUGCAUAAAUAUCUUUCCUUGGGCGAUUAUAGCCUUUUCAAUAAGGAUGCAACUAAAUCGCUAGAUCUCCCCGAGAAUACAAGUACUAGAUCAUUAGCACUAGGAUUGUUAUCGGCUUUUGAACACUACAAGGUAUCUACCCCCAAUUCUGACUACGAUCUCUGCACAAUCUUCUUGGUUCAAACACCAGAAAGAAAUAUUUUUGAUCAAAGACACCUUGAAUAUGAACUUCAAAAGCACGGCGUACCAGUAUUUCGACUAGCAUUUUCAGAGGUUCUCGGCCAUACUACAAUAGCUCAGACUUCAAAGAGAGAGUUGCUAUAUUCACCGCCAAGUAAUCCCUCGAAGAAAUUCGAGGUUGCUGUUGCCUAUCUCCGUGCGGGAUAUGGUCCCCAAGAUUAUACAACUGAAUCUGCUUGGGAAGGUCGUUUUCAAAUCGAGCGGUCAAAUGCAAUCAAAUGCCCAUCGAUUUUGACUCAAUUGGCUGGAGCCAAGAAAGUUCAACAAGUACUUGCUACACCAAGAGCUCCCUCUACACCUUCAAUGCUGGAUCGCUUCGUCAAGACAAAUAAUGCAGAUCUUGUGAAACUGGAAGAUACAUUUACAAAUAUUUUCCCACUCGACGAAUCUCCAGCAGGACUCGAAGCCCGUAAAAUCGCUGUCGAUCCAGAACGUUGUAACGGUUAUGUCCUUAAACCUCAACGAGAAGGUGGCGGUAACAAUAUCUACCGCUCCGCAAUUCCUCCAUUCCUCAAGUCCCUUCCAGAGUCUUAUUGGAAAUCAUAUAUUCUGAUGGAAAUCAUAACCCCCCCACCCGUCCACAACAUGAUUUUGAGAAACGGUGUUAUUGAAAAAGGUGGUGUAAUCUGUGAACUCGGCAUCUACGGAACAUGUCUUUGGGAUCAAACAACUUCGCAAGUUUUACACAACGAGGAAGCAGGAUAUCUUCUCCGAACAAAGGGUGAUAAGAGUGAAGAGGGUGGUGUAGCUGCAGGUUUUGGGUCUAUGGAUAGUGUAGCUCUUGUUUAAGUAUCUAUCCUCAAUACGGCAAAAUUUUAGAAUAGAGAGGGGACAAGAUACGGCAACCGGAAUACAUGGUCCAAACAUAUCUUCAGCCACAUUUCAAUCAGAUCUAUUCUCAAUAUAGCAAAGCUUUGGGAAUCGAGGAAAAUACUAGAUACGGUGAUCCGAACACACCUAGCAUGUCCUACGCAUAGCUUCAGCCACAAGUUAUUCGGGAGUUUCUUCGGCAAACUCAUCAACUAGCUGUCUUAAUUAGGUCGGAAUCUUAAAUGUCGUGUUAGAAUUAUACUUCAUUCAAACAAGCUUUUCGCGCUUAACAAAAGGUACAAUCCCAAUUGAUAAUCCAGGGAAACCUUAGUAGCCGCAUUCCCGGUGAAAACAUCUGACCUCGCUUACGACGACAUGCCUCCUUUUAUACCAUCACCAUUGUUGUCGAUGUACAUUUCUUAAUAAGCCUUCACAUCAUAUUCUACA